AUGUCGUCAGUGGAUGAUCUAGCGGUGGAGUUUAGCAAAGUUGGCUUUGAAGAUGCCAAGGUGAAAGAAAUCGUGAAAAACAAGAAAGUUUCCGCGUCGCUUAAAUCGCUUUUAGAGGAAUGUCCGGCCAAUUACCAAUGGGACAAGUCUAGUAGGACUUUGUUGCACACUCUAGCGUCUCAAAUCAAGGGUACAGAGCUAGAGAACCAGAAGGUGAUUGUAGACGGUAUUUUGUCCGGAGAUUUGAAAACGCCUUUGCAAGUGGACGCCGCUUACAAGUAUAUUAAGAAAACGGGCAAUAAUGUGGUUCCAGAAGAAUUUGCCAAAGAGUGCGGUGUAGGCAUUGUUGUCACGGAAUCACAAGUCCAAGAGCGUGUUGCAAAGUAUAUUAGCGACAAUCGCGCUACCAUUGUCGAAGAAAGAUACAAAAUGGUGCCGGGUAUCAUUGCAGCUGUCAAAGGCUUACCAGAAUUGAGAUGGGCCGAACCAAGACUUUUCAAGCCCAUUAUCGACGCAGAGGUUCUGAAAGUGUUGGGACCAAAGGACGAACGUGACGUGGUCAAGAAGGAGAAGAAAAAGAAGGCCGCAACGGAGAAGAAAACUGGCAAAGCCAGUGGUUCCGAUUCCGAGGGUCCUAAGCGUAGUAUGUUCACCGAAGGGUUUUUGGGAGAUCUGCAUAAAGUAGGUGAAAACCCACAAGCGUAUCCUGAACUGAUGGCUGAGCAUCUAAAAGUAACUGGCGGCAAAGUGCGUACCAGAUUCCCACCUGAACCCAACGGAUACUUGCACAUUGGCCACUCGAAAGCGAUCAUGGUGAAUUUCGGGUUCGCUAGGCACUAUGGCGGCGUGUGUUACUUGAGAUUCGACGACACGAACCCCGAGGCAGAAGCUCCAGAGUACUUUGAAUCUAUCAAGAGAAUGGUGGCGUGGUUGGGAUUCGAGCCCUGGAAAAUUACUUACUCUUCGGACUAUUUUGACAAACUUUACGACCUUGCAGUAGUGCUCAUUAAGGCCGGCAAGGCGUACGUGUGUCACUCUACUCCCGAGGAGAUCAGACGUGGACGUGGUAUCAAGGAAGAUGGUACUCCCGGUGGUGAAAGAUUUGCGUGCAAAUAUCGCGAGAGACCUAUUGAGGAGAAUUUGAAGGAGUUUGCCAAUAUGAGAGAUGGCAAGUACAAGCCUGGUGAAGCCACUUUGAGAAUGAAACAGGACUUGAACUCUCCCUCCCCGCAAAUGUGGGAUUUGAUCGCCUACAGAGUCCUGGAUGCGCCACACCCGCGUACUGGUACUAAGUGGAAAAUUUACCCCACUUACGAUUUCACACACUGUUUGGUCGAUUCUUUUGAAAACAUCACGCAUUCGCUAUGUACCACCGAGUUUUACCUCUCACGAGAAAGUUACGAAUGGUUAUGUGACCAAGUUCAUGUGUUUAGACCCGCACAAAGGGAAUACGGUCGGUUGAACAUCACUGGAACAGUCUUGUCGAAGAGGAAAAUCGCCAAAUUGGUGAAUGAGAACUAUGUCCGUGGUUGGGAUGACCCACGUCUUUUCACUUUGGAAGCGAUCCGCAGAAGAGGUGUACCACCGGGUGCAAUUUUGUCCUUUAUCAACACACUGGGUGUCACCACCAGCACGACGAAUAUCCAGGUCGUGAGAUUCGAAUCUGCCAUCAGAAAAUAUUUGGAAGACAAUACGCCAAGACUAAUGUUUAUCUUGGACGCGGUUGAAGUUGUGAUCGAGAACUUGCCAGAUGAUUACGAAGAGUUGGUCACAAUCCCAUAUAGACCAGGAACACCUGAAUUUGGCGAAAGAAUCGUCCCCUUCACGAAACGUAUUUACAUCGAGAGAUCCGACUUUUCGGAAAAGACCGGUGACAGCGAAUUCUUCAGAUUGACGCCCGAGCAGCCGGUUGGACUGAUCAAAGUGCCAUACACGAUCUCAUUCAAGUCUCUGGAGAAAGACACCGAGGGCAGAAUCACACGCAUUUAUGUGAAUUACGAGAACGAGUCCGGAAAGCCCAAGAAACCCAAGACUUACAUCCAAUGGGUGCCUCAGUCUGUCAAAUACAAUUCUCCCAUUAAGGUCACGGAGACCCGCGUCUACAAUCAAUUGUUUAGCUCUGAGAACCCAUCUGCGCAUCCAAACGGUUAUCUAAACGAUCUAAACCCCGAAAGUGAAGUCGUCGCCAAGAAUUCUGUCGUGGAACACAAUUUCCGCGAGAUUCUCACCAAAUCUCCUUGGGUCGUUGAGAACAACAAGAAAUCCGAAUUUUACGUCGAAGAAGAGCAUGGUGCCAAGGAAGUGUGCCGGUUUCAGGCCAUGCGGGUCGGUUAUUUCACUUUGGACAAGGACAGUCAGGAUGAUAAGAUCAUCUUGAACAGAAUUGUUAGUUUGAAAGACGGAAGUAAAUGA